AUGAUCAACGAGGUUGUUGCGGGGCACCCGGCGGCUCGGGACACAUCGACAGCCGCCGUCGAGAUGACGGAUGUCAUCCCCCGCGCCGCCCAGGACAAGCAGGUGAACAACGGGAUUUACGUUCAGCCGACCGAGGACGGGAAUUUCGGUCUGGAUAAAGACAUCGCAGACAACGCCAAGAAGAAGUACGACAUCGCUAAAGAACAGGAAGUGCGCACGUGGAUCGAGAAGGUCUUGGAUGAAAAGCUGGAGGACGGUCUGGGAGCCCUUGAGUUCCAGAAAGUUUUGCAGUCGGGCGUCGUCCUAUGCCAGCUCGCCAACAAGAUCAAGAAAGACGUCUGCAAGUGGCCUCGGUCAACAAGCCAGCCGGCCGUCCAGAGAGAGAACAUCAGCUUCUACCUGAAGGCCUGCGAGAAGCUGGGGAUGACCGACAACUUUAUCUUCAUGACUGACAACCUGUUCCAAGAGAGUACGGGAAAGGCCUCGCCUGCCCAGAUGCUGCAAAUAUCCACACCCUUACGCUGCGGCAUGAUCGGAUAG